UCGAAGAUAUAGAUCAUAUCUCGCAGGCCGGCAUUUAUGUUUACACAGUACAGCUGAUCGAGCCUUCUAUUAUUUAUCCGUUAAUCUUCCAUUCAUUUAUCGGGAUGAAUUUGUUGUUAAAGACGUGGCAAGUCAUCGCGAUCUCGUUUCCACCAAUCGCCAUUUUAAUCGGCUCCAAUGUUAGAUAGCAACCGCAACGUUGACAGUUGACACGCCUAAUUGAUAAUGUACGCACGCAGAUAAGGACCUUAUUUAUAAGAUUACGUUGAUUCGCGAAUUCAUUGUCACACGAAUAUUCUGCGACGCGACAUGGGAGUCCUCAAGCAAUUCUGCAAUUGCAGAAUCCUGCGCGAUAGCAGGAUCCAGACGGAGGAUUUAUGGGUUCGCGAUGGAAGGAUUAUCAAUCCGGAGAGGAUUUUCUACGAUGAGAAAAUCAAGCCAGAUGUUAAGAUAGACUGCGGCGGCGCCCUGAUUUCACCGGGAUACAUAGAUGUGCAGAUCAAUGGAGGAUUUGGCAUAGAUUUCUCAUUCAAUGUCAACAAUGUAGAAGAGGGUAUUGAUAGAGUAGCGAAAGGAUUGCUAACACAUGGAGUAACAUCAUUUUGUCCUACUUUGGUAACAUCCCCCAGUGAAAUAUAUCACAAAAUAUUACCAAGAAUAAAAAAACGAAAUGGUGGUAGUCAUGGUGCUUGUGUACUGGGUGUUCAUACAGAAGGACCAUUUAUUAGUCCAAAUAAGAAAGGCGCUCAUCCAGAACAUUAUAUUAAAAAAUUUGAUCAGGGAUUUAAAUCAGUUAUUGAUAUGUAUGGAGAUCUGGACAAUAUAUGUAUGUUCACGUUAGCACCUGAAAUUCCAAAUGCUAUAUCUGUUAUUGAAGAAUUAUGUAAAAGAAAUAUCAAAGUAUCUCUUGGACAUUCCAUAGCGAAUUUAAAUGAAGGAGAAGAGGCAGUUAAACAUGGAGCAUCAUUUAUUACUCAUUUGUUCAAUGCUAUGUUACCUUUUCAUCAUAGAGAUCCAGGAUUAGUUGGUCUUUUAACAUCUGAUAAAAUUCCAUUUGGAAGAAUUGUUCAUUUUGGCAUAAUCUCUGAUGGGAUUCAUACUCAUCCAGCGGCAUUGCGAAUCGCUCAUAGAACGCAUCCUGAAGGUUUAGUACUUGUAACAGACGCAAUAUCAGCGUUGGGUUUGGAAGAAGGAAUCCAUCAAUUAGGACAAUUCAAAAUAGAGAAACGUAAAGGAUGCGCCUACAUCGCUGGAACGGAUACUUUGUGUGGUAGCAUAACUGAAAUGUCCAAGUGUGUAAGAUAUUUUAAAGAUGCUACAGGUUGCACAGUAGUCGAAGCUUUGGAAGCGGCGACUUUGCAUCCAGCGAGGAGCCUCGGUAUUGAUUCUUACAAAGGUAUUCUUAAUUUUGGAGCCGAUGCCGAUUUUAUAUUACUGGAUGAGAAGUUAGAGCUUCUGUCGACAUGGAUUUCGGGAGAAUGCGUUUAUGAGAAGAUUCCUGGCAGCACAAAACAACUGGAAGUGUAAACAUCACAUAUCUCUUCACACGCACGAUUUUUAUAUACCUGGUGUAUCCGCGGGCUUCUCGGCGGAUCCCUUGCCAGUCAAACUGUACUGUGGCCCUUUAUCCAAAUUUACCUUCUCUGGACUGUAAGUACCUGGUGCUGCGAGAUAAAAACAAACGCAUGCAAUAAUUAGUAUGAAAUAGUGAUACAAUUGUGUUUAACAAUAAUAUAUUAUUUACCCGGAGUAUCACUGGAUUUCUCCAGAGGUGGCCUAAUUCCGAAACUGUAUUGCGGUGUGCUAUCCAAUUUAACUUUCUCAGGACUAUAUGUUCCAGGCGCUGAAAAUUGCAUUAUCAAAUUA